UCGUGUCUUUUGAUUUUUGGUGCGUCAUCCAUUCCAUGUAGGCUAGCAAUAAGGUGGAGUCAUCAAACAAAACAGUUGCGAAAAGUUUUGAAAUUGGACAUCGACAAAUGAACAAUUUAUUAUUCCUGUCACAACGUCGUUGACAGCGGUAACACCUACAACUUGUAAGAUGACACCAGCAGCUUUCACAAGGCACACAGGGGUGUUUCAUUGAGAAGUGGAGGUAGCCUGCGUUCUUAUUGUACAUUUUCCAUUUAGCGGACCUGAGUAGAUAACCUGUAAGUGAUGUUUGGUUCUGCUGUGCCGACACAUACCGUCUCUUUGUUGAUUAUUACUGGAGGAACUUAUUGAACAGUUUUACUUACUCAUUGACUCUGUAAAAGAGGAGGGAACCAUGAACAGUCUGGUGGAAACAGAGGACGACCAAUACAGUCCAAUACAUCUCACUGGGCUCGGAAUAUGUUGCCCCCUCAGUCCCAAACUGCACCACGAUGGGCCUGGUCUGAAGAGCACACAGCAGUACACCAAAUGGCUCCCCAGCCGCCACGAGGCCAGCCUGCUGCCCAUGAGAGAGGAUCUGGCUCUCUGGCUCAACAUGUUUCUGGACUCUGGGGUCACGGCUGACAGCCUGAUGGACAGGCUGGAUAAUGGGGUUCUGCUGUGCCAGCUGGCCGAGGAGCUACAGGAGAGAAUGAUCCAAGCCAGCAAUGGCAAGGCCUUCGUCCGCAGGGUGAUUCAUUGGCGAGCUGAUGCUACUUCUGGCUCUUUCUUUGCCCGGGACAACACUGCCAACUUCCUCUACUGGUGUCGGAAGAUUGGUGUGGAUGAGACCUACCUGUUUGAGUCUGAAGGUUUGGUGCUCCACAAACAACCUCGGGAGGUGUGUCUCUGUCUUAUGGAGCUGGGAAGGAUUGCAGUCAGGUAUGGUGUGGAGCCCCCAGGGUUGGUGAAGCUGGAGAGAGAGAUAGAGAGGGAGGAGGGAGGGUCUCUCACCCCAUCAUCACCUCUGGCCUUCCCCUCACCCACAACUCUUCCCUUGAUCUUACCGCUGCUCCAUGCUCCUACACCCCCUGCUUCUGUAACCCCACCUCCCAGUCCAAGCCCACCCCCUUCCUCAGCCCCAGUAGACCCUACUCAUCCAACUUCCAUCUCAUCCUCGUCAACCACCACUAGCACAACUUCCACUCAAACCUCAUCUGUUACCAUGGUCACAAUCUCCACUCGGACCCCUCCCACAACACCAACCACAGAUCCUAUCUCAGCCCUGAGCCUUACAGAGACCCCUGUCUCCCCCUCUCCACCUCCUCCUUCACAUCCUCCGCCACUGCCGUCACCUCCAUCCCAACCCUCACCCUCUCCCUCACCUAAGCCCAAGGCACGUCGUUCAAGUAAAUCAUCUGCUAAGAAGACGCCAAGCACAUGCAACUUGUUGGAUGACAUAGUGAGAAACAUUAUCGAGGACCCGCCAUGCAGCUGCCCCGCUAAGUUCCCUGUGGAGAAGCAUCCUAAAGGACGCUACCGUGUCGGGGAGAAGGUCCUCUACGUACGAAUGCUGAAUGAGCAUCAUGUGAUGGUGCGCAUCGGGGGAGGCUGGGAGACCUUGGGAUGUUACCUGCUGAAGCAUGACCCCUGCCGAAGUCCACCGGUCACCCCGGUCAGGACCUGUCGGGCCAAAGGAAAGUCCCCCAACAUGAAGAACUUCUCACCACUGUCACCAGACAGCUAUAUGGUGGUGGGGGCACACUACCGUGCCAAGAAAUAAAACAUGAAUCUGUUCAACCAUAACAGAUAACUGACACCACAACCUAGCAAUGAAGCUUCCUGGUUAUUCUGAGCAUAUCAAGGUUUUUUCUGGAGAUUUAUUUGAGUGAAAGCUAUUGCCUAGUGACCAGAGGCGUGUAAUAUAUAUAUAUAUAUAUAUAUCUGGUAAGUUGGGUUUAGUGGCUCACAUGUAUGUAGAAAGGUUUAUUUUAUCAUCUAUUUUUAAGAUUAGUUUGAAAAAAGUGAUCUUAUCUGUAAAAAUCUAUCCUGUUGUCUUUAAAAGAGUUGAUCCAGAAAGGCUAGUAUAGCUGAGGGGUAAUGGUGUUUAUUUUAAUAUAUUGGAUGAGGGCUCAUCUCAAGACUGUCCAGUCAUUUCUCUAUAAGAAUUGUUUUAUUGUACUAUAAGAUAUUUUUGAUAGUACUCUGAGAGAAGACGAUAUAGGGACCAUUUAUUAAAUGUUUCUUUUUCAGUAUUUUAUGUAUAUUUUGGAAUGUACUCUGAUUGAAUAUCAUGUAAUGACAUCACAUUUUUACCUUUUUUCAUGCCCAUGUACACUAUGAAUUUAUCUGUAGUCAGUUGUUCGAUGGUUAGCUCCUACCCUGCAGCCUUGACUCUUCCUCAAUUGCUGGAAUUAACACGACUGAGGACACAGCCAGAAAAUACCCAACUUUCCUCUAGGUGGCACUGUGUCAUAAGCAAUAGAUGGUACAAGCAACACCUAGCCCAGGGUUUCUUAGCCUCUGUGGCUGCAUUUAGACAUGCGGCAUAAUUAUAUUUUUUGGACCAAUCAGAUCAGCCCUAAAAAUGAUCUAAUGUGAAAAGAUCUGUGAUUGGUCAAAAUACCUAUUGGUGGGAAAAAAGAACAGAAAUGGCCUGCCUGUCUAAACGCAGCCUAAAAUUAUUACAGGGAAUUCAUCCACUGAGGUCCACUUAAAGUAAGUCUAGCAUUUGGACUAAAUCAGUGUCAGCUCACUAACUGACAGAUGUCGGCAACAUCCAUGUGAUUGUUUUUAAAACCUCAUCAGUUCUGUAUUAGUUUGGAGAAUGAAUAUGUGCUACAUACUGAUGAAAGACAAACAGAGAUGGA